UACGCGCUGAGAUCAGGCGAUACCGAGAACUCCUUGAUGGUGUGGGGAAGGGUGGAGGCGGCCCCCAUGGUGGAGGCAGCCCCACUGCUGGUGGAGGUGGAAGCAUCUCGGGUGGUGGUGGAAGUGGUGGCGGCUUCGGUGCUGGUGGAAGUGGAGGCGGCUUCGGUGCUGGUGGAAGUGGAGGCGGCUUCGCUGCUGGUGGAAGUGGAGGCGGCUUCGCUGCUGGUGGAAGUGGAGGCGUCAUCGGUGGUAAAGAUUCGAGCGAACUCGAGGGCGGCCCAACUACAUCCUACAGAGACACAAUCACGACGAGAACAUCCCAGAUUGGAAGCGGAGCUUCAGAUUUCGCCGGUGGAGUCACCUCAACGUACGUUCCAGGCGGAGGUUAUACGCUCAGCUCAGGAGGUGGUGCAGUGACGAGUGGUCACUCACAGAUUGGAAGCGGUGCUAGCGCUGCGGUACCGUUACCUGCUCCGCAAGGAACGAUACACUACUCCUGGACAGAACGCAAGCCUAUAACUGUCACUAGUACGGUGGACUACACAAUGAAGGAUGAACGAAGUUCGGUUGCGAGGUCUGGACCGGAUCAUCAUGAGUACACCAUGCAACGCUCUGCUCAAGGAAACGUCACGAUCGGGAAAGUAGCAAAUGACGGAUCGUACGUCACUAUCGAGAACACUUCCAUGGACAUUGACCAGGACAUUGGUGGGUGGACCCUUUGCAGCACCAGUUCCACGCUGAAACAAGUAUCCUACACUUUCCCUCCUGAAUUCUUCAUAACUCCCCAAAGCGCCGUAAAGGUGUUUGCACGCGGGAAGGGACCCCACAAUCCACCUCACUCGGUCGUUUGCGAAAUGGACACCACAUUCGCAACAGGCGACG